UAUUCAUUCCAAUCAACAUAGAAAAACAAACAAAAAAAAUUUGAAAUUCAGUUCUUGGUUUUAAAUUUAGUGCUUAAUUUAAUUACCAAAAAUGGCACAAAACGGUCACAUUAAUCCAGAGAAGCAAAAGUUGUUGGUUGAAGAACAUGAAGAGAAACAUUUCUUGUCCAGUGAGAUUGUUCGUGACAUAAUCAUCGGUGUCUCCGACGGUCUCACCGUUCCUUUCGCCCUAGCCGCCGGCUUGUCCGGUGCUAAUGUGACGUCAAAUAUCAUUCUGGUCGCCGGAAUAGCUGAAGUGGCGGCCGGUGCCAUUUCCAUGGGACUUGGAGGAUAUUUGGCAGCCAAAAGUGAAGCUGAUCAUUACAUGAGAGAACUAAAACGAGAACAAGAAGAGAUUAUUAGUGUUCCUGAUAUAGAGGCUGCUGAAUGUGGAGAUAUAUUAGCAGAAUAUGGAGUUGAGCCACAUGAAUAUGAGCCAGUAGUAAAUGCUCUAAAGAGGAACCAUCAGCAUUGGCUUAAUUUCAUGAUGAGGUUUGAACUUGGAUUGGAAAAACCAGACCCAAUGAGAGCAUUACAAAGUGCAUUGACAAUUGCAAUUUCUUACAUACUGGGUGGAUUAAUUCCUCUUUCACCAUACAUCAUUUUUCCAGUUGCUAGAGAGGCCAUGUUUGGAUCAAUUAUAAUAACUAUUUUGGCACUUCUAUUUUUUGGGUUUAUCAAAGGCUAUUUUACUGGGAAUCAGCCUUUUAAGAGUGCUCUCCAAACAGCUCUCAUCGGAGCUAUAGCUUCUGCUGCUGCCUAUUCCAUUGCCAAGAUUGUUAGAGUUUGAUUUUUCUUCAUUCUCAUUUCUUGGUCUUAAUCUAUGACUAAUUGUGAUUUGUAUGGGUUUUAAUGUUUAAUAUAAUUGGGGCACAUUUCUUUUUAA